GCUUGUGUCAUUAUAUAUACCAUCCUUCCCCUUUGCAUAUUUUCCUUCAUAGCCGAGGGAUCGAGAUCGAGAGGAGGAAUAUAAAGAAGCAACAAGCAUGGCUUCUACGCCUGGAAUUCUCACAAACUGGCCGUGGACUCCUCUCGGAGAUUUUAAGCAUGUGAUAUUGGCUCCUUGGGCCAUUCACAACACGUACUCGUACCUGGUGAAAGGAGAAAAUGAUUUGUCCAGCUUUCUCAUUUUCCCAUUUUUGUUGUGGAGAAUGCUCCACAACCAGUUAUGGAUUAGCCUUUCCCGCUAUCGAACAGCCAAAGGUAGUAAAAGAAUUCUCGACAGAGGCAUUGAAUUCGACCAAGUAGACAGAGAAAGGAACUGGGAUGAUCAGAUACUGUUCAACGGUAUCCUUUUUUAUGUGGGAAGCAUGGUACUUCCCAAUGCCACCCAUUUGCCUCUGUGGAGAAAAGAUGGUGUAAUCCUUACAAUAUUGCUUCACGCUGGGCCGGUCGAGUUUCUUUACUAUUGGUUUCACCGGCUCCUUCACCACCAUUAUCUCUACUCUCGCUAUCAUUCUCACCAUCAUUCUUCUAUUGUCACCGAACCCAUUACCUCUGUGAUUCACCCCUUUGCGGAACACAUAGCAUACUACAUGCUUUUUGCAAUACCGAUGUUGACGACGCUUUUCAACGGAACGGCCUCCACGGCAUCAUUUUUCGGUUACAUUACCUGGAUCGACUUCAUGAACAAUAUGGGUCACUGCAACUUCGAGCUCAUUCCCAAAUGGCUCUUCUCUAUUUUUCCCCCUCUCAAGUACCUCAUGUACACCCCGUCGUUCCAUUCCCUUCACCACACUCAGUUCCGAACAAAUUACUCGCUUUUCAUGCCCUUGUAUGAUUACAUAUACGGCACUGCGGACAAAUCAUCCGAUAGCCUUUACGAGAAUUCAUUGAAAAGGCAAGAGGAGUUCCCUGAUGUGGUGCACCUCACCCAUUUAACUUCACCGGACUCCAUCUACCAUCUGCGCCUUGGAUUUGCGUACUUGGCCUCUACUCCCGAAACCCAAAAAUCGAACUGGUAUCUCUGCUUAAUGUGGCCCGUCACUCUCUGGACUAUGAUUUGCGCAUGGAUUUAUGGUCGCACUUUCGUAGUUGAGAGGAAUCGCUUUCACAAGCUUACACUUCAAACUUGGGCCAUACCCAGGUACAAUUUGCAAUACUGCAUGCAAUGGCAAAAUCAAUCUAUCAACAACAUGAUCGAAGAAGCUAUACUCGAAGCAGACAGAAAAGGCGUUAAGGUUUUGAGUCUCGGUCUCUUGAAUCAGGGGGAGGAGCUGAAUGGGUACGGUGAGGUUUAUGUGAAGAGGCAUCCAAGGCUGAAAACGAAGGUGGUGGAUGGAAGUAGUCUCGCAGUCGCUGCUGUGCUCAAUUCCAUUCCUAAAGGAACAGCUCAACUUCUGCUUACCGGCUCACCCUCUAAGGUUGCUUUUGGUGUUGUCUCUGCUCUUUGUCAGAGGGGAAUCCAGGUAAAAACUGCUUUGAAGAAAGAUUAUGAGAAGGUGAAGACAUCAUUGGGCAGCGAAUACCACAGCAAUUUGCUCCUUUCAAAAGAUUAUUCUGUCAAGACAUGGCUAGUGGACGAAAGAUUGAGUGAAGAAGAGCAGAAAAAGGCAACAAAAGGAACAUUAUUUAUUCCAUUGUCGCAAUUCCCUCCUAAGAAAUUGCGCAAUGACUGCUUUUACCAUACCACACCGGCAAUGGUGGCUCCGGCAUCUCUUGAGAACGUGGACUCUUGUGAGAAUUGGUUGCCAAGGAGGGUAAUGAGCGCAUGGAGAGUAGCUGGAAUAGUGCAUGCUUUAGAAGAAUGGAAGGUGGAUGAGUGUGGUUACUCGAUGUACCACAUUGACAAAGUUUGGCAAGCAGCUCUUCGCCAUGGCUUUAAACCUCUCUCUAUCGUUUCUGCUGCCAUAUCUACAUCAUUCUGAUUAAUUUCUAGUUACUGUGAUUUUUAAUUUGCUUCUACUGUUUGAUGUUUUAGAGAAUAUCAUUGCUGUUAAUAAUGAUUUUAUAAACAGUGUCCAAGUUUCAAACUAUAUAUAUAUAUAUAUAUAUAGACAUUAACAUU